AUGGGACACUGUCUCAAGACAUUCAUUUCCUUCGAAGGGACCAAAUGCGAGCAGAUCAAGGGCACUCCAAUGGGUUCACCAAUCUCCGGACUCAUUGCGGAGGCGGUUCUACAAAAACUCGAGAGACAACUAUUCGAAAAGUACAAACCCAAGUUUUGGGCACGCUACGUGGAUGACACCUUCGUAAUCAUAGACCAGGAUAAAAUCAACGUCUAUGCGGAAGUACUGAACUCAAUCAUGCCCGAUCUACAGUUCACGAUUGAAGAGGAAGUAGAGGACAAACUUCUAUUUUUGGAUGUUCUCGUCUGUCACCAACCAAAUGGUGAACUAGCAACGUCUGUCUACAGAAAAUCGACGAACACGCUGCAAAUUCUCAGCUACCACAGCAACCACCCGCCACAACACAAACGAAGCUGUGUCCGCACGUUGUACCGACGGGUGGAAACUCAUUGCAGCACGCCAGCCGCCAAACUGGAUGAGAUAAAGCUCCUCCGAGAACUCUUCAGAGCCAAUGGCUAUCCGCGGGCAUUCAUUGAACGAAGCCGGAGGCAGCAAAGAAACGGAACGAAGAGCAUAGUCAGCCAAACUCGUGGCGGAGCAUUCCGUACACUAAAGGGGUCUCCGAAGUCGUGGCCCGACCACUCGCGCCACUCGGAAUAG